GAAUGCAGAUAGAGCUGGCUUAUACGUGCCACAGUGACCGGAGCAGAUAUGCUUGAAAGGAGGAGGAGGAGGGAGGAGGAGAUGAGUAAAGAGAGAAAUGAGAGGCUGACAGACCCAGAGGAGGACAAACACGCACAAACACAGGGCAGGAAUGUAAGUGAGGAGCUCCAUCUGGAAACAUCUGGCUCCCUUCCUUGUCUUCUCUCUGACUCAGGCUCUGCAGCAGCGUGUGACGCCCAGCUGUGUGCUGCCGCUCAGGGAAUGCUCGGUGGACAGAGAGAAGAGGUGUGAACACAAUGAGUGGCGUGCAGGAUAAAUGGGUCACUCUGACCCCGGCUGAAUUCGCCCUGCUGCAGGAGUACACUCAGUACUCUACAAAGAAGCUAAAGGAUGUGCUGCAGGAGUUCCAUGGAGACGGAGUGUUGGCUAAAUACAAUCCAGAGGAGAAGCAGGAAAUCCUCAACCAGGAGAUCGACUUUGAGGGCUUCAAGGUGUUCAUGCAGACGUUCCUGGAGAGCGAACUCCCUGAGGAGUUCUGUCAGCACCUCUUCAUGUCGUUUAGCAACAAGGGACCCAAACCAAGUCCAUCGUCAUCUGACAAACCCAGAGUGUCUGGGCUGAAGCUGAUCAAAAGCAACUCGACCCCUCUGAAGAACCCCGCACUGCCCAGACCUCUGGAUACAGUGCAGCUGAAGGACAUCGUGUGUUACCUCUCACUGCUUGAGGGCGGGCGGCCUGAGGACAAGCUGGAGUUUAUGUUUCGACUCUAUGACACAGAUGGAAAUGGCUCACUGGACAGCUCGGAGCUCGAGCACAUUAUCUCCCAGAUGAUGCAUGUGGCAGAGUACCUGGAAUGGGACGUGACCGAGCUGAAACCAAUCCUCCAGGACAUGAUGAGAGAGAUUGACUAUGAUCAUGAUGGCACGGUGUCUCUGGAGGAGUGGAUCCAGGGUGGGAUGACCACUAUUCCUCUGCUGGUCCUGCUGGGCCUUGAGACCAAUGUCAAAGAUGAUGGGCAGCAUGUGUGGAGACUGAAGCACUUCAACAAGCCGGCGUACUGUAACCUGUGUCUGAACAUGCUGAUUGGCCUGGGAAAGCAGGGACUCUGCUGCUCAUUCUGCAAGUACACGGUCCACGAGCGCUGUGUGGCUCGCGCUCCUCCUUCGUGCAUCAAAACCUAUGUCAAGUCCAAGAAAAACACAGAGGUAAUGCAUCAUUUCUGGGUGGAGGGGAACUGCCCCACCAAGUGUGACAAGUGUCACAAAACCGUUAAGUGUUACCAGGGCCUGACUGGGCUCCACUGUGUGUGGUGUCAAAUCACGCUCCAUAACAAGUGUGCCUCCCACGUCAAACCAGAGUGUGACUGUGGCCCCCUGAAAGAUCACAUCCUGCCCCCCAACUCAAUCUGCCCCAUCAUUCUGGAACGGCAGACGACGCUGAGGAAAGACUCCAGGUCGAGUCAGUCAAGUCGAGGGAAGAUGCAGAGAGCGAACUCGGUCACAGUGGACGGUCAGGGACUACAGAUCACAACAAUAGAGGGCACUCAUCCUCUGCUCGUGUUUGUCAAUCCGAAGAGCGGGGGGAAGCAGGGCGAGAGGAUCUACAGAAAGUUCCAGUAUCUCCUGAACCCGAGACAGGUGUACAACCUAGCCAAGAACGGACCCAUGCCUGGGUUGAACUUCUUUAGAGACGUUCCUAAUUUCAGAGUUCUGGCGUGUGGAGGAGACGGCACCGUGGGCUGGAUCCUGGACUUCAUAGAUAAGGCCAACCUGGACAGGAACCCCCCUGUGUGUAUACUUCCUCUGGGCACAGGCAACGACCUGGCAAGGUGUCUGCGCUGGGGAGGAGGCUACGAGGGCGAGAGCCUCCUGAAAAUCAUGCGGGACAUUGAGAACAGCUCGGAGGUGAUGCUGGAUCGCUGGAAGAUCGAUGUCACGCCCGAUGACAAAGAUGAGCGUGGCGACCCGGUGCCUUACAGCAUCGUCAACAACUACUUCUCCAUCGGAGUGGAUGCAUCCAUUGCUCAUCGUUUCCACGUAAUGAGAGAGAAACAUCCGGAGAAGUUCAACAGCAGAACAAAGAAUAAGCUGUGGUACUUUGAGUUCGGCACUUCGGAGACCUUCUCAGCCACGUGUAAGAAGCUUCACGACUUUCUGGAGGUGGAGUGUGAUGGCAUCACUCUGGAUCUCAGCAGCAUCUCCUUGGAAGGCAUCGCCAUCCUCAACAUUCCCAGCAUGCACGGCGGCUCCAACCUCUGGGGCGAGAGCAAGAAGAGGAGGGGUAACCGCAAGGGUGGGAAAAAGAGCCAAGACAAGAGGACGCCAGUGGUUGACCCAAAAGAGCUCAUGUUUGCAGUCCAAGAUCUGUCUGACCAGCUCCUGGAGGUGGUGGGUCUGGAGGGAGCGAUGGAGAUGGGUCAGAUCUACACCGGCCUGAAGAGCGCUGGAAGACGUCUGGCCCAGUGCUCCUCAGUGACCAUCAGAACCAGUAAAUCCCUGCCAAUGCAGAUUGAUGGAGAACCAUGGAUGCAGACACCAUGUACUAUUGAGAUCGUCCACAAGAACCAGGCGCCCAUGUUGAUUGGGCCUCCACAAGGCCGGAGUUUCUUCUCCUCCAUCAUCAGAAGAACACGCACUGAGAGCAAGGACUGAGAAUUCAAGACCCUUGAGUCGUCACAAACACCUGCAGAUCAGCAGUCACAAGUCUAUCAUCACUCGGCCCGUUAGUGAAGGGGGUCUUUGAUGCCUGUUUGGUAGCCCAGCGUACAGUAGCAAGAUGUAGGUGCAGUAAGUAUCUCCUGCAGCAAAGAGAUGUCACUGAGAAGGAUUGAAUUAAUCCAGACUGCAGUGUUUUUAACACUGAUGCUUCAGUGUGUAGUGUGGUUUAGCUCCAAAAAUACUGAAGCUAUUUCAGGUGGUCCGGUCUGUUUUUAUUUCUGAUGUUGUGAUCUGUGCCAUGGUGGAAAAAAAACCCACAGAAGAAUGUGUUUUGUGAACAGAUGUAUUUAUUUAUUUAUUCAUAUUUUGCUGCUAUUGAUGUUUUCUAACGGUUUUUUGCAUUUGCAUACCCCUGAUGCAUGAUGGACAGUGAAUGAGGACGCUGCUGUUGAAGCUGACAUAUCUGGAGUUUUGCUGGUGAUCUUUUCCGAGUGUUUAGAAAGAAGUUUCUUUGCUCAGCAUCUGGUCAGCGCUUCACUCAUGAAUGGCUUCAAGUUGUGGAAAGAAUCACUUUGGCUUUCUUUAAACGGUUCCUGCGAGUCAUCCUGCAAUGUCAUGUUUUGAUCUGAUGUGCUGCUGCUCCGUCAGUGAAAAAGAUUAGGAAUGAUUAUUGAUCCUCAUAAAAAAUGCAUGACACUCUUUGUUUGACGUCGCACAAGAGAUUUUUCCAGACAGUUUCACCAUUUGUGUGCACACUUUGUGUUGCAUGAGUGACCAGGAUCUGUUUUGACACUUGUGGAAAUUGAUCGUUUUUUAAAUCUAAAUCUUGAGUGCUGCUCGGUUUAACCAUAUCACACUUUAUCUAUGAGAUGGCUGCAUUUUUAUUGGAUCCUGUGUGUAUUUAAAGGUACUCAGGUACUUUUUAGAGCAAAAAAAAAAAAACAAAACAAAAAAAACAAAAAAGGAAAAGAGUUUAAUGUUCAUUCAUGUCUCUACCGUGACUGUAAAGUUUUACAUCUGGUAAUUGAUUUGCUCUAAUGUCUGUUGUUGAGUGUUUACAGUCCGCUGCACAUACCAGCGUACAUUAAACUAUUAAAGACUAAAUACAAAAUGACUAUUGACAUAUUGGACAGGCUUGAUUUAAAGAAUCAAUCCUGAAUAAUCAACUCCUUCCUACAAUUACAGCAAGAAUUUUACUGCCAAUCUCACAUGCUCAUGAUGUCUAUAAUACCUUAUAAUAUUUUUGUUCACUUUAAUUCAAAGAGUCUACUUUAAAAAAAUAAAUAUUUAUAUCAAGUUAUUUAUAAAAUGCUGUAGCAAAGUAACAAAGUCAUUUACAUGUAAAAAAGAGAGAUUUUCUAUAUGGUAUAAUCAGUAUGUUUACAUGCAGUUAGAAAAAAUUGAAUUAUUGUGAUUUGAACUGGAUUUUAAAACACAAAUAAGCAUGUGGUUGAUCUAAAAUCCUACUUAAUCAAAUUUCUCCGAGUUAGGCUAAUACACCUACAUAGAUGAUGCGGUUGGAGAUCAUUUCACCCUUUUGCUGCACUUAAAAUUCUGUACAUGCCUGACAGUAUAGCUGGCAGACCACCCAGCUCUACCCACCUCUGUUGCUCACUUACUAGUUUUAAUUUUGGAGUCUCUCCCAAAAACUGUGCUUUUGUAUUUACUGGGGCUGUUAA